CUUCUUUGGGCUGAUCGGCUUUGAGAUCGGGAAUCUUGUCUGCGGGUGUGAAUUGCUUGAGGUCGUGAUGUCGUUCGACGUAGUAGAGACCUGCGAUGAACAUGGUGCAGAGCUGUUGGCCCCGGGUUAGUUGGUGGGGAUGAAGGCGUCGUUGAGAUUGGGCCACAUACCAAGUCCAUGGACUCCUGCAGCUGGGUGAGGAUGUCCGACAUCUUGAAUAAUCUGUGCGCCCCAGCCUGCAAGACCGUCGCUGUGAGGUGAGUUCGAAUACAAGGGGAUGCGCAACCUGGAUACCUAGAUAAGAUGAUAAGGAGACCCCUUGCCACCCUGGGGCAAACCGGGAUUGGAGCUCAAGUGCUCAACUGCCGCCUUUGUGAGUCCGGCAGGCAAGCAGUUCUCUGGACUUGUAAGAUGGCAACCUUGACAUCACGUCUCCCAUCAAUUCUCCGGGGAAACUUGACUUUUGUUCUAAAAUGCGGCUCGCUCUCCUUAAGAGACCAUUAUGCCCCUUAACCCUUCUCUCUCUGUCACGAUGCAGUUUUUCCGCCUCCCCCAGGCCCCUCGGAGCUGCGCCCCUUCCCAAAUCGUGUCAACCUGAACCACCUCCACCACCACCACCCGAAAAUGCCACCUCCCCCGACCGCGACCACAUCGCGCCCACACCAUCAAACAAUUCGCUAAUUUACCCUCCUUCACCCUCCCCACACCACACCAACCUCCCCUCCUUCCUGGCCCACGCAACCCGCACCAACCUCGACCCUUCCUCUACGGUCUACGUCGGCACCCACUUCGAGUACACCACAAUCCAGUCCCUAUCCCGCUACGGCCUCGUUCUGCGACGCGUAGGCGGGGUCUCGGACGGCGGCAUCGACUUGUUGGGAACCUGGCCAUCCUUGCCACCGUCGUCGUCCGGACAAGGCCCGCUGCGGGUGCUCGCACAGUGCAAAGCCGUGCAGCGGCCCGGUCCGCACCUCGUCCGCGAGCUGGAGGGCGCGUUUGCCGCCGCGCCGGCAGGGUGGAGGGGCAAGAGCGGAGUGGUGGGCUUGUUGGUGGCUGAGAAGCCUGCUACCAGGGGAAUACGGGAGGCGCUGGGACGGAGCAGGUGGCCGAUGGGGUUUGUGGCGUGUUCGAGGGCCGGGAGGGUGGAGCAGUUUUUGUGGAAUCGGAGGGCCGAGGAAGAGGGCUUGGAGGAGGUGGAGGUGCGACUGAGGUACUUUGAGGAUGGGGCAAAGGAUUUGGUGCUGACGUGGAGAGGGAAGGCUUUGGCGCCGUUUGUGGAGGGGGAGCAGGUGGCGGGUUGAUGAGGAAUGGGUUUGAGAGAGGGUGUUUUGACUGCAAACGGUUGAGCCGGGUGUUGAUGAAGACUGGCCUUUGAGGGAACUGGUAUGUUUGGGGAUAUUGGAUAUUUCAGAUGAGCUCUGACGACAAUACGACAAGGGAUAUGCGACGGCGGAGUCAGAGCAGCCCAAUGGGCACGCCCAUCUUCAAUUCUCGACACGGGAAUAGCUGGCCGAGAUCGACUGAGCUAGAAUGGUGGGUGGGAGAGAUUCUCUAGUGCGGACAAAAGUUGACCGAGAAUAAUAGCGAAAACAGCCACUCUGAAUUUAUACAAGAGGGCGCAAGGAUGAUCCAAUCCAACAUCAUCAAACUUUCCUCACGAA